UAUUGUAAUUUUGUCGACUCGGCCAAGGGGAAAAUACGGCUUUAAUCCAAACAGUAAUAGAUAUAUUUAUUAAAUCAUAAAAUUGACGUUAAAACCAUUUUUGACUCGUUAAUAAGAUUAUAUAAAAUUGGCCAUUUGAUUAAUAUUGUAAAGCAAUUAACGAUUGGCUCAACACAGUGCACAUAUACUAAAUUUAACGGAAGAUAUUAUAAUUACACAGUAUAUGUACAUGAAUUAAAUACAUUAAAAUUAAAAUACAGCACAGUUCUCGAAUUUAACUCGACGAAUUUAGCUGUAUUGAUUUCUAUAAUCAAUUUUAUUUAACUAAACAAAAAGAAACAAAAGUGGCGAGUCUAAAAUGCAAUGCGAAGAUCUAAAGACUCAAAAUAAACUGCCAAUAGUCUAUUCCAAAAAGUAUUCCGUUCACUUUGCCGGUCUUGAAAAGUUGCAUCCCUUUGAUGCUGCCAAAGGGAAACAUGUACAACAGCUAUUAUGCACUGAGUUGUCACUGGAGAGCGGUGAUUUCUACAACCCUGUGGAGAUUACCAAGGAACAAUUAUUAAAAGUGCACACUCCCAAGUAUUUGAAAUCCCUGAAAUGGAGCUUUAAUGUCGCUUGCAUUGCGGAGGUGCCACCAUUAAUCUUUAUGCCCAACUUUACUGUCCAAAGUGGAUAUUUGCGUCCAAUGCGAUUCCAAGCAGCUGGAUCAAUAUUAGCUGGUAAAUUGGCUUUGGAAUACGGUUGGGCAAUCAAUUUGGGUGGCGGAUUCCAUCAUUGUUGCUCUUACAAGGGCGGUGGCUUCUGUCCCUAUGCAGAUAUUACAUUGCUGAUUGUGCGUUUGUUUGAACUGGAGGCGUCUAGAGUCCAGCGAGCAAUGAUUAUCGAUCUGGAUGCACAUCAAGGAAAUGGUCAUGAGCGUGAUUUUCAAAAUGUUGACACUGUAUACAUACUGGAUAUGUACAAUGCGUACAUAUACCCAAAGGAUCACGAAGCAAAGUCUAGUAUUCGUUGCGGUGUGGAGCUGAAACAUUUUACGGAAGAUGGCUAUUAUUUAAGGCAACUAAAUCGUUGUCUAAUGCAGUCACUAGCCGAAUUUAAGCCAGAUGUGGUCAUCUAUAACGCUGGCACCGAUGUCCUCAGAGGCGAUCCUUUGGGAAACUUGGCUAUCACUGAGGAGGGCGUAAUUGAACGCGAUCGCUUGGUGUUUAGUACUUUUCGUGCACUGGGAAUUCCUGUGGUCAUGCUACUUAGCGGUGGCUACAUGAAGUCCUCAAAACGUGUAAUAGCAGAUUCAAUUGUGAAUCUCCAAAGGCAGGGAUGGCUGUCUUUAAAUUAAUGUAGCAUACAUAAUAUGCAGUCAUGAAUGUGAUUUGGGUAAGGUUCUGGAUAAGAUGGACAUUAUUAGAACAAUUACUAAGAAGAAACUGAAAGCUGUGAAACACUUGU